AUGGAUCUGGCCGGCGAGGCGCUGGUGACCCUCGAGGAGCGCGCGGAGCGGGACGCCGCCACGAUCCGCCACCUCCGCGAGGCCCUCGACACCAUCAGCGCGCAGCACCGCGCGCUCCAGGACAAGCACGCCGCCAUGGCCCUCCUUCUCCAGCCCUCGUCUCCCACCUCUUCUUCCACCGCCGUCGGCGUCACGUCCUCUUCAUCAUCAACAUCAUCAACGUCACUGACAGCGACGCCGUCGUCGGGAUCCGCGUCGCUGUCGGCGCCGGCGUCGGCGUCGGUGUCGCCCAGAGGGACGUCACCGCGGCCGGGCUACCACUACGGCAUCGGCGCGACGUCGGGCGGCGUGGUGCUGCCGCAGCACCCGCACACGCUCUCGCAGACGCCGCGCAGCUUCCACAACUCCUUCCCCUCACUCACCUCCCCGCGCUCCCCGUCGCGCCCGGCCGGCCCCUUCUCUCCGCGCAACGGCGAGGGCCUGGUCAGCCCCGCCACCUCCCCCAGACGACGGCUGGCGUGUCGCACGGGAAACUGCACGUGCAAUGCCUUCACGCCGCAGCCGUCGGCGUCGUGGAUCUGCGUGUGCGGGCACAUGAGCCUCAAGCACGCCGGCGGACCUCCGUAG